AUGGCCAAAGAAUUUUUGCUGAUACCUAAAGUGAAGUAUGAGUCACUACUCAAGCAAAUAAAAGAGAAAACACAGGAUGAUCAAACAGGUGGUGAAAGGCAGUUGGAUAGUAUAUCAGAUCUAAAAAGUCCAGAAACAAGCAAGGAAAAUACCCCCAAAAUGGAAGAAGAUUUACCUACUUCUGCAAAGGAAGGGGAUAAAACUAAGGAGGAUGUAAAAACAGUAGAAACAAAGUUAUUCGUGGAGAAACCGCUAUCAAAAAUGCCUUUCAACGGCGAAAUUAAAAGGAAAAAUAAAUCAUUAAACAAGGGGGAAGCAAUGAAAAGACAAAACAGGACAGGCGAUGAUGAUAGUGAGGAUGAUUUUGAAAGCCAGAAAGACAAAAAGAAAAUACGCUCCAGCAAUACUGACAAUGAGGAUUGUACAAGUGAUAAUAAAAAUGAAAAACAAAACUGUUUCACUUGUAAAGUUUGUAAUAAACGUUUCACAUUACUCAAAAAUUUAUGCAGACAUGAAAUUUCACACAGAUCUGUGGUGAAGUGUGAGCAAUGUGGUGGCUCAUUUUCAAGACAAGAUAGUCUACAACGUCACAAGCGCACACAUCAUAAUGAGAACAGACGAGAUAAUAAUAAGGAGAGACGUGAAAUGUAA